UGCAGCAUAAUAAAAUGGCUAAUCAGGUGAAUGGUAAUGCGGUACAGUUAAAAGAAGAGGAAGAACCAAUGGACACUUCCAGUGUAACUCACACAGAGCACUACAAGACACUGAUAGAGGCAGGCCUCCCACAGAAGGUGGCAGAGAGACUUGAUGAAAUAUUUCAGACAGGGUUGGUAGCUUAUGUCGAUCUUGAUGAAAGAGCAGUUGAUGCUCUCAGAGAAUUUAAUGAAGAAGGCACCCUCUCUGUGCUCCAACAGUUUAAGGAAAGUGACCCGUCUCAUGUACAGAACAAAAGUGCUUUUUUAUGUGGAGUUAUGAAGACCUACAGGCAAAGGGAGAAACAAGGGAGCAAGGUACAAGAAUCAACGAAGGGACCUGAUGAGGCAAAGAUUAAGGCUUUGCUGGAGAGGACUAGUUACACACUAGAUGUAACCACAGGACAGAGAAAAUAUGGUGGUCCUCCUCCAGAUAGCGUGUACUCUGGUGUACAACCUGGCAUGGGGACAGAGGUUUUUGUAGGUAAGAUGCCAAGAGAUUUAUAUGAAGAUGAGUUGGUACCACUGUUUGAAAAGGCUGGUCCCAUUUGGGACUUACGCCUUAUGACGGAUCCUCUGUCUGGUCAGAAUAGAGGGUAUGCAUUCUUCACCUUCUGUGGAAAGGAUGCUGCACAGGAAGCUGUCAAGCUGUGCGACAGCUAUGAAAUCCGUCCUGGUAAACACCUUGGAGUGUGCGUCUCGGUGGCAAACAACAGGCUGUUUGUUGGAUCGAUUCCAAAGAAUAAAACCAAGGAAAACGUAUUGGAAGAAUUCAGCAAAGUCACAGAGGGUUUGGUGGACGUUAUUCUCUAUCAUCAACCCGAUGACAAAAAGAAGAAUCGGGGGUUCUGCUUCCUUGAGUAUGAAGGCCACAAGUCUGCAGCACAAGCCCGACGCAGGCUUAUGAGUGGGAAAGUCAAAGUCUGGGGCAAUGUUGUGACCGUGGAGUGGGCCGACCCUGUGGAAGAACCAGAUCCGGAGGUGAUGGCCAAGGUGAAAGUUUUAUUUGUGAGAAACUUGGCCACUACAGUGACAGAGGAAAUUUUGGAGAAAUCCUUUUCUGAAUUUGGAAAACUAGAAAGGGUGAAGAAGCUGAAAGAUUAUGCAUUUGUUCACUUUGAAGACCGGGGAGCAGCAGUUAAGGCCAUGGAUGAGAUGAAUGGGAAAGAAAUAGAAGGGGAAGAAAUUGAGAUAGUGUUAGCCAAGCCUCCAGACAAGAAGAGAAAAGAACGCCAGGCUGCAAGACAGGCCUCCAGAAGCACGGCGUAUGAAGAUUACUACUACCAUCCCCCACCUCGUAUGCCACCUCCUCUGAGAGGCCGAGGGCGCGGUGGGGGAAGAGGCGGUUAUGGCUACCCCCAAGAUUACUAUGGCUAUGAAGAUUAUUACGAUGACUACUAUGGCUAUGAUUAUCAUGACUAUUGUGGAGGCUAUGAAGACCCCUACUAUGGCUACGAUGAUGGCUAUGCAGUAAGAGGAAGAGGAGGAGGAAGGGGUGGGCGCGGUGCUCCGCCACCACCACGGGGGCGAGGAGCACCACCUCCACGAGGUAGAGCUGGCUAUUCACAGAGGGGGGCACCUUUGGGACCGCCGAGAGGAGCUCGGGGCGCGAGAGGGGGCCCUGCACAGCCGCAGAGAGGCCGUGGUUCACGUGGAGCUCGGGGUAACCGUGGGGGCAACGUAGGAGGCGAGAGAAAGGCCGAUGGGUACAACCAGCCUGAUUCCAUGCACCGUCAGACCAACAGCCAGCAGAACUGGGACUCCCAGCCCAUCGCCCAGCAGCGGCUUCAGCAAGGUGGCGACUAUUCUGGUAACUAUGGCUACAGUAAUGACAACCAGGAAUUUUAUCAGGAUACUUAUGGGCAACAGUGGAAAUGAAGUAGACAAGU